AUGCCCUUCGACUUCGACCGCAUCAUCGACCACCAGCUCUACCUCGCAACGCAGCAGUGCAUCCAGCCCUACGUCCAGAGAAGGGUCAGCAGCGCGCCCACUCCCACCUACGGCACGCAUUCCCGUGCGGCCGGUGCUGCUGCUGCUAUCGAUCCUGCUAGAACAGCUGGUGGGCGGAAGGCAUCCCUUGGCUCGCUCAUCUCGCCCUGGAGUCCCCCUUCUAGUGGCGGCAGCAGCAGCGGCAGGAGAUCCAACGCAUUCUAUCCGGCCAGGCCUUCGGCGCAGGGUUACUCGCCCGUCGACCUCUUCUUCGCAGCGCCCGCGGGCUUACCAGUGCGUCGCACCCGCGGCACGCCUGUGCGCCCUGCCUUGGACAGCUACGACUCGAGUUUCGACCAAUUCGUCACCGCGCCCGUCGGAGACUUCACUGCUGCUGCGCUGCUGCCGCCGCCGCCCGGAAUUGGCUCCAGACCGGGAAGUAGCGACUCCGAGAACUGGACGUAUGCGACGGCGAGUGUAGGAAGCGGAACGGGGACUGCCACGGGGCUGGACACGACGGUCGAGCACAGCCCAGCGUCUCCGCAAUUCCGGCCGCGGGCACUCGCCCUGGCGCCAUCAUCAUCAUCACCAUCACCGCCGCUUUUAGUACGACAAGCAGGCAAGAUGGCCACAUACGCGUCAACAGAAGGAGCGGCACCACCACAACCCUCAGAAACACCAGCAGCCGCCACGCAGGACCUCAACCGGGUCUCGGCCAUAACCCUCCUGGUGGAGGACCUCGCGCGCACGAAGCGCUUCUACGAGCGCGUCUUUGGCGCGCCGUGCCUUUUCGAGGACGCCACGUCCGCGGCGCUGCGCUUCAACGGCGGCGCGCUCAUCGUCAACCUGUGCGAGUCGGCGGACGCGCGCCGCGAGGGCCUGCUCGGCCCCGGCGUGGACGUUGGCGAGCGGGGAGACGCGGACCGGCGGUUCUUGCUCAGCGUAUUUGUGGAUGACGUGGAGGUGGUGUACCGCAGGCUGAGGGGGCUUGGGGGGGAAGGGGGUGAGGGCGUGGUGGUCGAGGGGCUUAUGGGGCCCGUGACGAGGCCUUGGGGCAUGCGGGUCGUCACGUUCCGGGACCCUGCUGGCCACUGCUGGGAGGUUGCGCAGGAUGUCAAGGAGGGUUGA